AUGGAGGUUUCUGCAGGAUCUGAAAGUGCAUUAGGUCGGGGUGAUUCGGAACAAAAAGCCAAGACUGAAGCUGCAAAGCAUCUUCUGCGCACACUAGUACUUGCGACAUUCAAAAAUGCGAAAAUGAACAAAGAAAUCGAUGAGGAAAAAGUCAUGCCUUCGAAUCCAGUGGGAAUGCUGCAAGAAUUCUGUGCGGCCAAAAGAUUGACACUCCCCAUCUACUGCGAUGUCAGAGAAAUGGGACCACCACAUGCAAAGACUUUUACUGUUCAAUGUUCCCUCCUAGGCCAUUCUGAAAAUGGAUCUGGUUCAUCUAAGAAGAAUGCGAAGCAAAAUGCUGCUUUGAAGAUGUGGAAAAGACUUACAAGAAAUUGAGAUUUGGAUUUAGUAGAGCGCGCGCUGCUGUCCUUGGGCUCACAGGAAGGGUGCGCGCUGCUAUCCUUGGGCUCACAGGUAGAGCGCGCGCUGCUGUCCUUGGGCUCACAGGUAGAGCGCGCGCUGCUGUCCUUGGGCUCACAGGAAGGCCGCAGGCGGGCGAGAACAGGAAGAUGUUCUGCGCGGUGA